UGUUCCUGCUCAGCAGCCGUGGGUUUUGUGUCAGAGGCACAUCUGGACAGAUGUGCAAAGGCCACGGCGAUACCCUGGGCACGAGCUGGCAGCCACCGAGCCCAUCAGCAGAUCCCCAGAGCUGCUGCCCACAUGACUGAGCUGUCACCUUGCCCCAAUAGCCGCCACUAAGACCCGAAUCUGUUUGGCUUUAUUUAGCACGCCAAGCUGCCCACCUGCCUUUCUCGUCUCCAGGUGGAUCAGAGAGGAGCUGUGAGCAAUGGCUCUGGUGCUGAGGUGCCUCCGUCCUCUCCCAUCCCUGCUGCACCGUUCCUCCUUUGCCAUGGCCAGGGGGCUGCCCCAGGCUCCCAGAGGCUGCCCAGCCCUGCUCCUGGAGGGCUGCAGGCAGUGUGUCCAGCACAUGCUGCUGAGCAGACAGCUGGCUACCAAAAAAGCUAAAGGUAAAGGGCAGAGUCAAGCCAAAGUGAAUAUCAGUGCUGCCCUAGUUGAGGAUAUUAUCAAUUUGGAGGAAACCAAUGAAGAUAUGCGGGCAGUCAUAGAAGCUCUGAAAGAAGAUUUCAACAGAAAUCUCAAUGUUAGAACCUCACCAGGGGCCCUGGAUCACAUAACUGUGAUGACAAAAGAUGGGAAGUUUCCGCUGAACCAGCUGGGGCAGAUCUCACAGAAGUCACCGCAACUCAUGAUAGUGAACAUGACCGAUUUUCCAGAGAGCACAGCUGCAGCUGCAAAGGCUAUAAGGGAGAGUGGCAUGAACCUGAACCCAGAGGUGGAUGGGAUGGUGAUUCGGGUGCCAGUUCCCAAGGUCACGAGAGAGCACAGGGAGAGCCUGGCCAAGCUGGCCAAGCAAUCCACCAACAAAUCCAAAGAGGCCCUGAGAAAGGUGAGAAGCAAAAGCAUCACCCAAGUAAAGAAGUUUAAGAACAAAGUGUCAGAAGAUACCAUCUGGCUGCUAGAAAAGCAGAUCCAGCAAAUGGCAGAUGAGGCUGCUGCAGAGAUGGACAAGCUGCUGGCAGCAAAGACCAAGGAGCUGCUUGGAUAAAGACGUGCCCAUGGCCACACUCCCCCUGGAGCAGGAAUGGACUGGCACACACCCCAGCACCCAGCACCCUCAGGGAUGGGCAGGGGCAGCUCUGUGCCUUGGCUGCUCCCAUUGCCUACCUUGGGCUAGGCUGAAGGGAGGGGGGAAGCUCUCCUUGCUGUCCUUUACCCAGGUGGGAACAGAACUGGAUGAACUGAGAUAAAAAAUAAAAUAUCAGGAAAGAGAAUUGGAGACUGCUGGAGGCUCAGAGGAAGGACUGUCCUCACUUUGUGCCCCAUCUUUGCCCUGCACCAUCAGCCCCCUUGAGUCAGGACCACCCACAAGAAGAACCUGCCUGUCCUGCUGCAAACCUCAGCAUUUAUUUUUGCUUGAAGCAAAGCCAAAACGAAGUGUGGAGCAGCAGCCUCACAACAGCCAGGUCUUGCUUGGUGUGUUCCCUUGGCCUCACAUGUUCCAAAGCAAGCAUUUGCCCUAUGCCAUGGCUGGAGCUGCCAGCAGAAGUGGGAAGGGAUGAGGGAGCUCAGCAUAGGGUAGGCAGGGGCUCUGUGGGGAGAAUACUGAAACCAGUGCUGUCAGCACAGCUGCUUUAGCCAGGACUGAGAAGACCUAAAGCCAACACAGGAACUUCCCAAAAGCAGCAUCUGCCUCCUCCUCUCCUCCUUUAUAAAAUGCUUGUGAGUCUCUGGCACCACAGAUUAGAGCUUGGAGGAGGCAGAGCAGGUCCUGAGCACAUCACAGAGCUCAGCUCCUCUCUGUGAGCAGGUACUUCCU